CCCGGAAGAGCUCCCCCCUGAGGCCUCCCCAUGGGUGAGUCCAACGUGACCUCAUUUGCGGUCGAGGGCCCCACGAAUGCCUCGACGGGCAGGAACGCCUCCACCAGGGACGUGCGGGAGGAACUGCCCGCCGUGCUCUGGGUCAUUAUGAGCAUCUCCCCGCUGGGCUUCGUGGAAAACGGGGUUCUCCUCUGGUUCCUCUGCUUCCGGAUGCGAAGGAACCCCUUCACAGUCUACAUCACCCACUUGUCCAUCGCGGACAUCUCCCUGCUGUUCUGCAUCUUCAUCCUGACCGUCGACUACGCCUUAGGUUACGAGCUCCUAUCGGGCUACUACUACACCAUCGUCACCUUGUCCGUGACGUUCCUGUUUGGCUACAACACGGGCCUCUAUCUGCUGACGGCCAUCAGCGUGGAGCGGUGCCUGUCCGUCCUGUACCCCAUCUGGUACCGAUGCCAUCGCCCCAAGCACCAGUCGGCGCUCGUCUGCGCCCUCCUGUGGGCGCUGUCCUGCCUGGUGACCGCCAUGGAAUACGCCCUGUGCAUCGACAGCGAGAGGCAGAGCUACUCCCAACGCCACUGCAGGGCAGUCAUCAUCUUCAUCGCCAUCCUGAGCUUCCUGGUCUUCACGCCCCUCAUGGUGCUGUCCAGCGCCGUCCUGGUGGUCAAGAUCCACAGGAACACCUGGGCGUCCCACUCCUCCAAGCUGUACCUGGUCAUCGCGGUCACCAUCGCCAUCUUCCUCACCUUCGCCGUGCCCAUGCGAGUCCUCUACCUGCUGUUCUACGAGUACUGGUCCACCUUUGGGAGCCUCCACGACGUCUCCAUCCUCUUCUCCACCAUCAACAGCAGCGCCAACCCUUUCAUUUACUUCUUCGUGGGCAGCAGCCGGAAGAAGCGGUUCAAGGAGUCCUUAAAGGUGGUCCUGACCAGGGCUUUCAAGGACGAAACGCAGUCCAGGCGCCAGGAAGACAGCAGCAACCUCAACACCACCGAGACAGUCGUCUGAGCCCAAGCGGUGGGGCGCAGGGUGUGUGUCUCUGUGCCUGACGUACAACGGAAGUAGCUCCUGACUAUGAUUCGGAAGGACACCCCGCCCCCAGGAACAAGAUGCUAACUGACCAUGAGACUGUACUCUUGGACUGUGUCUUCUGGAAACGCCUACACAUGAACCUCAGUCACUUCUGUCUCAAUCAAAAUCCCUCUUUCGGUCCCUCCUCCACUCUUCCCAAGAACCACGCAGGUCACUCCAGCAGGAGGUGUGCAGGG